AUGAAUGCCCUGGGGACAUGUUUACUCUUGCUGAGCUCGCGAAUGCUGUUGGCGAGCGAAUUUGAAGUGGAUGCAAACUACCUUGCUGACUUCGCAGAAACCUCAGACUACAUCGACUACAAGGACCCGUGUAAAGCAGCUGCGUUUUUGGGAGACAUCGCUCUGGAUGAAGAGGACCUGAGACUUCUGACAGUGAAGCGGGAGGUGGACAGGAAUCAGCGGUCUGUCCUGACAGUCAACGAGACUGACGCAGUGAACGUGUCUGUGACCAACAGCAGUGCUGAGGCAGAGUUCAGGGACAGCCAUGCUCCGCCCCGCAGAAGGAGGGCGGCGACCUCCAGACCAGAGAGGGUGUGGCCAGACGGUGUCAUUCCCUAUGUCAUCAGUGGGAACUUCACCGGCAGCCAGCGGGCGAUUUUCAAACAGGCCAUGCGUCACUGGGAGAAAUUCACCUGUGUCACCUUCACGGAGAGGAGCACGGAGGAGAGCUACAUUAUAUUCACCUACCGGCCCUGCGGGUGCUGUUCCUAUGUUGGGCGGAGAGGUGGGGGACCUCAGGCCAUAUCCAUUGGGAAAAACUGUGACAAGUUCGGCAUCGUGGUGCAUGAGCUGGGCCACGUGAUUGGCUUCUGGCACGAACACACUCGACCAGACCGAGACGAACAUGUUAGCAUCAUCAGAGAUAACAUCCAACCAGGUCAGGAGUAUAACUUCCUGAAGAUGGAGCCAGGGGAGGUGGACUCAUUGGGGGAAGUUUAUGACUUUGACAGUAUCAUGCAUUAUGCAAGAAACACUUUCUCCAGAGGCAUCUUCCUCGACACCAUACUGCCCAAGUAUGACGUGAACGGAAUACGACCCCCCAUCGGCCAGAGGACAAGGCUCAGCAAAGGGGACAUCGCUCAAGCACGUAAACUCUACAAGUGUCCAAGGUGUGGAGAGAGCUUACAGGACAGCACAGGGAACCUCUCCUCCCCUGGAUUUCCCAACGGGUACGCAGCCUACGUCCACUGCAUCUGGAGAAUAUCCGUCACUCCCGGGGAAAAGAUCAUUCUGACCUUCACAUCCAUGGACCUUUACAGGAGUCACCUGUGUUGGUAUGACCACGUGGAAGUCCGUGAUGGUUACUGGAGAAAAGCUAACUUAAAAGGUCGUUUCUGUGGAGACAAGCUCCCUGGGCCAAUCGUCUCCACUGACAGCCGACUGUGGGUGGAGUUCCGCACCAGCAGUAACUGGGUGGGAAAGGGCUUCUCCGCAGUGUAUGAAGCCAUUUGUGGCGGGGAGGUGAAACGGGACAGCGGACAGAUCCAGUCGCCUAACUACCCCGACGACUACAGGCCGAACAAGCUGUGUGUGUGGAAGAUCACCGUCACCCAGGGCUUCCUCGUCGGGCUCAGCUUCCAGUCCUUUGAGAUCGAGAGACACGACAGCUGUGCGUACGACUACCUGGAGGUGCGGGACGGCGACUCGGAGAGCAGCCCUCUACUUGGACGUUUCUGUGGCUACGAAAAGCCGGACGACAUCAAGAGCAGCUCCAACCAGCUGUGGAUGAAGUUCGUGUCCGACGCAUCAGUCAACAAAGCUGGUUUUGCCGCUAACUUCUUCAAAGAGAGCGAUGAGUGCGCGAGGCCAGAUAAGGGUCAGUGUGAACAGCGCUGCAUCAACACUCUUGGGAGUUAUCGUUGUGCGUGUGACCCGGGCUACGAGCUGACCUCAGACCGCCGCAGCUGUGAGGCUGCGUGCGGAGGCUUCAUUACGAAACUGAACGGCUCAUUCACCAGCCCCGCUUGGCCCCGCGACUACCCCCCCAACAAGAACUGUGUGUGGCAGCUGGUGGCCCCAUCUCAGUACCGCAUCACGCUGCAGUUCGAGUCCUUUGAGACGGAGGGAAAUGAUGUGUGUAAGUAUGACUACGUGGAGGUGCGGAGCGGUUUGUCCGGAGACUCAAAGCUUCAUGGGAGAUUCUGCGGGACAGAGAAGCCAGAGGCCAUCACCUCCCAGUCCAACGACAUGCACAUUGAAUUCAAGUCUGACCAUACGGUGUCCAAGAAGGGCUUUAAGGCUUAUUUUUUCUCCGACAAGGACGAGUGUUCCAAGGAGAACGGUGGUUGCCAGCAUGAGUGUGUGAACACGUUUGGGAGUUACAGCUGUCAGUGUCGCAGUGGUUUCGUCCUGCACGACAACAAGCACGACUGUAAAGAAGCUGGCUGUGACCACGUCAUUAAUAGUGUGUCAGGCACUAUAACCAGUCCCAACUGGCCAGAUCAGUACCCCAGUAAGAAGGCCUGCACCUGGACUCUGUCCACUACUCCAGGUCACCGCAUCAAACUGGCCUUUAAUGAGAUAGACAUGGAGGCCCAUUUGGAGUGUGCGUACGACCACCUGCACAUAUAUGACGGGCGUGAUGGCAGGGCGCCAAGCCUAGGCCGAUUCUGUGGCGGUAAAAAACCGCCGCCCGUCGUCUCCACCGGCAACAGGAUGUUCCUGCGCUUUUUCUCCGACAACUCGGUGCAGAAGAGGGGGUUUGAGGCGACAUACACCGCAGAGUGUGGGGGAGUCCUGAGGGCAGAGGUCAAGACCAAAGACCUCUUUUCCCACGCUCAGUUCGGCGACAACAACUACCCAGGCUCCUUGGACUGCCAGUGGGUGAUUUCGGCGGAGAAGGGUUACGGGGUGGAGAUGAUCUUCCACACCUUCGAGGUGGAGGAAGAGGCUGACUGUGGCUACGACUACAUCGAGCUGUUCGACGGAGCUGACGUGAAGGCGCCAAGGCUGGGCCGAUACUGUGGAUCUGGGCCUCCAGAGGAGAUCUAUUCAGCCGGAGACGCCAUCGUCCUCAAGUUCCACUCCGACGACACCAUCAACAAGAAGGGCUUUCAUGUGCGUUACACCAGCACCAAGUUCCAGGACACGUUGCACACCAGUAAGUGA